AUGAAGGUUUCCGUCAUUAUCAUGCUCGCUGUGUCCCUCACAGUGCGGGCCGCCACUGACGUUCCCUCAAACGACAUGCCCGCUGAGCUGACCGCCCGUGGCGUUGAGGUCCCUGCAGAGGGAAGCUCCUUUGACAAGGGGAACACUCUGAAGCACGUCCGCUACCGUCGGUCCAAGUCCAGCUCCAAAAAGUCUGGAGGGAGGAAGAGCAGUAGCCACUUCCCCCGGUCCAAGUCCAGCUCCAGCAAAUCUGGAAAAAAGAAAAGCGGCAGCCGCAGCAGUCUAGGAGAUGUUUGCUACAAGGACUCGAAACUUGUUUACAACACUGAAAAGAUGGGUUUCCGCUGA